GGGGUGAUAUGAUAACCAUGUUCAAAUAUAUAAAAGGAUGUCAUAUAAAGGAGGGAGAAAGGUUGUUUUCUGCUGCUCCAGAGAAGCGGACACGGAGCAACGGAUUCAAACUACAAGAAAGAAAAUUCCACCUAAACAUUAGGAAGAACUUCCUGACAGUAAGAGCUGUUCGGCAGUGGAAUUUGCUGCCAAGGAGUGUGGUGGAGUCUCCUUCUUUGGAGGUCUUUAAGCAGAGGCUUGACAGCCAUCUGUCAGGAAUGCUUUGAUGGUGUUUCCUGCUUGGCAGGGGGUUGGACUGGAUGGCCCUUGUGGUCUCUUCCAACUCUAUGAUUCUAUGAUUCUAUGAUUCUAAAUCCUCUCUGUCUCUCUCUCCAACCAUAUACACAGCACUUCUACUCCUAACACCUAACAAAAACCAACUGUGCUAGCAUUCCUUGAUAACAGAGUUCAGUGCUGGUCGUUAACCAAUCAGAAGAGAGUAGUUUCUAGGUCAGGCAGACCUUGGCUUUCUGCCAAGAGUAAAUUGACACUGCCUUGAGUUAAUUGUGUGAAGCCAGAAUCUGUAAGUUUCCCAUGAGAACCAAUUAACCAAUUAACAGAAACUGUUAUUAAAAUGAAUGUGCUGGGAUGUUAUUUUUGUUUCAAUCAAUUCCAAUAUUCCAGGGGGCAACUAUAUUUAAGGAGUGGCAGAAAAUAAUUUUUAAGGUCUCUAUUUGAAAUAUGGGAUAGGUAUAAAAAACUAUUAGAACAUAAAACACCUUGGUGGUUGUCACCUUUGGAAGCAAUGAGUGUGAAAAAGAUAAAUAUGAGCAAAAAUUGGGUUACGUAUGAAAAAUGAGAGUAUGAGAGGAAGGAAAUAAAUGGAAAAUUAAACCUUUAUGAAGAAGUAAAAGAAUAUGUAAAUGAUUGGUUGCACUAUCGCCAAAUCAAUGAAAUGUUUAAAGAAGUUUCAAAGGAAAAUGGAUUUGGUCAUAAUAAAUCAAAAUUUGAAAUUGAAAUAUUAAAUAAUAAUUAUAAAAUCUUGUCAAAAAUGUACAAAUUGCUGUUGGAAUGGCAUUUGAAAGACUAAGAGGUAAAGUUGGUUAUGAUACAUUGGGCCAAAGACUUUGGGUAUAACAUACAGCUAAAAGACUGGGGAAAAGAAGGAAUAAAAAAUACAGCAUGCAAUGCCUUGAGAGAAAAUGUGAUGAAAAUGAUGUAUAGAUGGUUUAUUAAAAUGUAUAAAAUAAGUAAUAAAUGUUGGAAAUGUAAGGAAAAAGAAGGGACUUUUUAUCAUAUGUGGUGGGAAUGUAAAAAAGUAAAAAGCUUCUGAGAAAUGAUAUAUAAUGAGUUGAAAAAGAUGUUGAAAUAUACAUUAAUAAAAAAAAACCCAGAAACAUUUUUACUUGGUAUUGUUGGUGAGGAUAUUAAUAGACAAGAUAAGAAAUUGUUUUUAUACAGUAUGUGACAACGGCAGCUAGAAUAUUAUUGGCACAGAAAUGGAAGCAAGAAGAAUUACUGAUGAAAGAGGAAUGGCAAACAAAAUUAAUGGACUAUGCAGAAUUGGAUAAGAUGACAGGAAGAAUUCAGAACCGGCGGGAUCAGAAGUUCUUAGAAGGGACUGAGUAAAUAUGUGAUAUUAUCACAAUUACACACACACACACAAAAAGGAAUAUGUAUAAAUCCUGGGAGUGUUUGCAUUUUGUGUUGGAGUUGGAUGAUUGCUGAGGAUCACAGUAAAGAAAAAGAAAAACCCAAUUUACCCACUAUUUUAAUAUAUUCAAAGCUGGCACCCAUCUAUCUAGGUGGGUGUCAAGGGAGACAAUGGAGGAGUGAGCCUGCUGUGGCUGUAGAGACCAAUACAGGAAAGACAUGUUUUGUGUCAUCUAGUCCAACCCCUUGCAUGGAAUCAUAACCAACCGGAUGUAUGGCAGUCCUACCCAAGGGUAACAUUUGUCCUCUUUUGGGGAGGGGGGUGUCCCUCUCUGGGUGGUGAUGUGUAUUACUUCACUUAUUUUAAAAUGUGGCAAAUGUUCCUGGGCCCUCCUGCUCCUUCUGCCAAGUGGGGCCCUGGACUGAAGGUUCAUCCACCCUCCUGCUUGUUCCGUGCAUAAAAAAGGUUUUCCGUUUCUCCUGUGCUUUCUAGGCAUGGGUCAAAGCAGGUUUUUUGUUUGCCCCACUGCUUUCCCUGGGAAAACCCACUGAAUUAGGAACAAAUGUCAAUCCUCCGAAAAACCAAUGGAUCUUUUCCCGGAUUCAGCUGCAAACAGCAAGCAGAAGUGUGGGUGACCCCCAAGUGGGGCAGAGUCUGCCCUAAAGUACUUCCCUGAUGGCACUACAGAGAGGAGGAGGAGGAGUCAAGGAUCCAAAGCAGAAAGUAAAUAGAAUUCUUUUUCUGCAUCCUAAUAAAAUGGGUGUGGUGAAAUAUUCUGACAAAGUUCAAAGCUAUCACUUAUUAACCAAUGUCAAAUUUAUGAUAGGUGAGAAAAAGACCUUGUCGCGGUCACUCUGACCUGCACAUCACCCCCGGACGUUUGACGGUCUAUUGGUAAUGUGCCAACGACAAACGAAACACUUUCAGUCACUCACACACCUCAGACCAGGAUAUUGUAAAAUAAAACAAGAUAGUUUAUUGAAUGUUCUUAUGCGUAUUGGUUACGGUACAAAGCUUAAACGGUUUCAAAUCACAGAUGUUUCCUAUACUGGCCUAUUACCUCUAAAUAUAACUAAUAAUAAUUAUCACUAAUCUCAUAACACUGUAUCCUGUCUGACUAUCUCCCUAUUUAACAGCCACCACAAAUAUAACCAGCUCUUAUCUUCACACCAACUCUAACCUGACUGACUUCAACCAAUAACUCCCUUCAACAACCCUAUCUCCAACUCUCAUCUCCCUCCUGCCUGCCUGCUUAUCCUUAUAUACACCCUGCUUCUGGCUGGAGAGCUCCCAUUGGCCGUCUCCCUCCCUGGUAACUUAACCCCUUCUAGGCCCUCUAGAGGUGAAACGCCACAGACCUCUUCAGAAAAAAAACAUGGCUUUGUUUUUUACACUUAUAAAUAUAUGCCAGAUACCUGUUUUUUUCUUUUCAUUAUUGAAAAAGAACAUUUAUGUUUGGAGUGAGAUGAGGUGGUGAGCAAAUGGUUGUUCUGUUAGGAGGCGAGAAGAGGGAGAGGGAGAGGAAAGCUGAGCACACCCAGCAGAAGAAAAGUACAGUUGCUGGUUGUGUUACAGCAGUACAAAGUGCACACCCUUUGCCUCUCCAUAAAAAAGGGCAAGGCGACAGGAGCAGGAACACGAGCAGCUGGGAAGAAGGAAAGGUAACCCCAGAACGUCUCCUUGAUCUACCACACCAUCUCCCUGCCCACAAGAGAAGCUAGUUUGGGGGUGAGUAUCUGACAACCAAACCCCAUUGUAUGUUCUCAGGCUGCCCUUUGCCCAAGCAGGUCUAUUUUCAUUCAGUUCCCAAUGUGUAUAGAGGAGCCUUUUAACUGUUCCUCUUCCUUGCCUUCCCCCACCAUUCGGCUGAAAGUCAAGCACCUAUGGAAAUGCUGUUAGCUCUGGGAGAGGAUCUCCCAUGGGUGUCAAUGGAGGUCUUGGCUUGGCACCCAAAGGAGGACUUGGAGCCCUGCAAUGGCUUCUGUCCUUUGUCUGUCACUUCGGUGCCAUUCCUGGGCCACUCUGGAUGCAGCGCCAGGAAAGUGGACCUGCACAUGAAUGUGUCCCACUGAAUGAUCAUUUAAUGGAGCAGGCAAACAUUUCUGAAAAGCUCCCUCCCAUCUCUUCCUCUAUCAUGGCCCCAUCCUUAUUCGUGGAUGUGGGAGAAGAAGCCACAUGCCCCAUCUGCUGGGAGUAUCUGACAGACCCUGUGACCUUGGACUGUGGUCACAACUUCUGCCAGGGAUGCAUCGUAAACUAUUGUGACACAUGGGAACCAAUGCAGAUGGGGGACUUGAAGUGUCCCCUGUGCAAAGCCAGGAUGCGAAGAGGAAAUUUCCGUCCCAAUUGGCAGCUGGCCAAUAUAGUGGAAAAAAUUAAAUUCCUGCCACCAAAUAAAGGGGGAAAGGAUCUGUGUAAGAGACACAACGAAAAACUCCACCUGUUCUGCAAAGAAGAUGAAGAAUUGGUGUGUUUCUUUUGUGAGCGAUCCCCUGCACAUAAAUCACACACUGUGGUUCUCAAGGAAGUGGCUGCCCAGGAAUACAAGACACUCUUCUGUGGUCGCCUAAAACAUCUGAAGAAAGAGAGAGAGAAAAUUAUGGCUUAUGAAGCAAAAAUAGGAGAAGAAAGCAACAGCCUCCUUAAAUUAACAGAAACUGAGAGGCAGAAGAUGGUGGAGAAGUUCAGACAACUGCACCAAUUUCUGGAAGAACAAGAAAAGCGUCUGCUGAAUGAGAUAGAAGAGAUGGAGAAGGAGAUCACAAGGAGAAGGGAUGAGCAGCUGGAUAGACUCUCCAAGGAACUGUCCUCUCUUGAAAGGAGCAUCCGAGAGAUGGAGGAGAAGAGUCAGCAGCCAGAAAGUGAAAUCCUGGAGGAUGUGAGAAGCACCUUGCAGAGGUGUCAGCAAAGGGAGACAUUUAAGGACCCAAUGGCUUUCCCACCAGAAUUGAAUAGGAAGAUCUCAAAUUUCUGGUUUGAAAAUCCCAUUCUAUAUGUUGAGAUGAAGACAAUCAAAGAUGUUCUGUCAUUUGGAUGGCCUCAGAAAGCAAAUGUCACUCUGGAUCCAGACACAGCCCACCCUGACCUCAUCCUGUCGGAGGAUCAGAAAAGCGUGAGAAAGAGAGACAAACCUCAAGUCCUGCCCGAAAAUCCUGAGAGAUUCGAUUACUGGCCUUGUGUGUUGGGACGUGAGGGAUUCACAACUGGCAGACAUUUCUGGGAGGUUGAUGUGGGGAGAAAGGAAGGGUGGUCUGUGGGGGUUGCCAGGAAGUCUAUGAGGAGAAAGGGCCGUGUCUCCUCAAGGCCCAAGGGAGGGAUCUGGGCUGUGGAGAAGUGGUUAGGCAAGUACUGGGCCUUCACCUCCCCAUAUGACUCUCUUCUGUCCCUGAGUGAGGAGCCCAGGAGGAUCCGGGUGACUCUUGACUAUGAAGGGGGACGUGUGUCUUUUUCUGACGCUGACUCAGGAACCGAACUCUACACGUUCUCAAGAGCCUCAUUCUCAGGAGAGACCCUCCUCCCUUUCUUUCGUCUGUGGAAAAAUAACUCCCACCUCAGGAUCUCCUGAGGAAAUCUCCCUCACAAGCCCAGUUGGAGUUUGUCAAAGGCAUACUUACAAUUCGUAUGAAAUACUUACAUUUCUUAUAUUCAGAGUUUUCUUAGUUUGAGCAUGUAUUGACGAAGCAAAAAUUCUGUGUUUGGAGCACACUUAUAUAGAAAAGGUUGGUUCACAGUUGAUAGUAAUUAGUGAAUAAGUAUUUCUUUAUAUGUACAUGUAUUUUAGAAAUUGUACUAAUGUAUUAGUCUAAAUAAUAAUUAGAAUUUGAUUUAUAUCACCAGUGAAUAUGUAAAUGUAUCAAAGCCGCAUGAGAGUACCUUUUGAAAUAAGAACUUGAGCAUUGUGGCCUAAGCCAAGAUAACUGGUUUCAUACGAAUUGUAAGUACUGCCUUUGACAUUUGUUUGUUUAGAUGUAUAUUAGUAAUUUAGUUUGAAUACUAAUAAGACCUGGUUUAUACCACCAGUGAAUGUAUUAAACAUAACAGAAAGCAGAAGGAGAAACUACUGAAGAAGCCCGUCAUAUGGGCGAAACAGGUGAAAACGCCGGCAGCCUGUCUAUUAUUGACACUUUGUUCAACCUGCUGCCACUUUGCUGACCGCUACAUAGCCUCAAAGACCAUAAAGACUGGUUUGCCUUUUGGUAUUUAUUUGUAUAUGCUAUCUGCUUGACGUUUGGUUUUGGCUUCUGUGUCAGCAUUUGUAUAUGGUUCUCUUAUUGUUUUCUUUUUGUACUAAUAAUACUUGAUUGAAACUUGAUUGAAUCUUGUGCCCUUGCGUGCUGCUUGUAUUGUAUUGGACUUUUGAAGAAACUGGCAGCAUUAGCCCAUUAUUUCAGUUUUUACAGCCUGCAAGCGGAAGAUUCUUCCCUUAAAAAAGAAGAGAUUUGGAUCAAGUAAGUUAAAAAUUUGUGAAUUUGGACUGGAAAAUUGGCGCUGGGAGGAGGCUUAAAAGGGAGGUCAGCCUCCCCACUUGAGUUAUGGACGAUGCAGUAAAGCUGGGGAAAGCCCAGAAAUUUGCCUUUAAGAACUUUUUCCUGAUGCAGAGUAAGGGAAAAAGAUAAAGUGUGUAUAAAUCUCUGCAAAAGACUUGACAAGGGGAACCCCCCCCCCCGUGAACUUGGAGUCGGGUCAAAGGAAGGAUCGGAUAGCCGCCUUUAUGACGUCACAAUAGAAAAGAAUGUGAUUGCUUGUAUGAGACUGAGACUCAGAGCUGCAGCCAAGUAAAAGAGGAAGUUUUAAAAAAUAGACUUCAAGGCUACUCAGUGUUGAAUUUGAGACUGAAUAAUAAAAGAAAAAGUAAAGAAAUAGAGGUUGGAUCCAGUUCAGAUGGGACUUUAUUCUUUUUAUAUUUGAAGAAUAUAAAAUAAGCACAACAACUGCUUUGCCACAGUUAUGGAGGUGGAAAGCAUCAAUAGGAAGGAAGAGAAGGUUCUGGACUGUGAGAAGAAUAGUACACAGUGGGACUUGAUUUUGAUAACAAUUCUGGAAAUGACAGAGGAGAUUCGUAAUCCCAAAGGUGAUGAAUCCAGAGAGGGAGAAGAGGAAGAAGAGGAAGAAGGACUAGGGGAAGGACUAGAAGAAGACGCAUGCUGUGAUUUGACUUUAGGAAAAAUUCUGGAAACGACAGAGGAGAACCGCAAUCCUGAAGGAGGAGAGAAGACUGCUGAUUCAACAGAACUGAUUUUUGAGACAGAAGAGGAUGAAGAAGAAAUCACUGUUUCACCGGUGGGAGGGGUGGAACAGGGAAGGGAUGAUGAAGAAAUCACUGUUUCACCGGUGGGAGGGGUGGAACAGGGAAGGGACUCGAUCCAAAAGUCCCCCCAAAAGGGGACAAACAAAAAGGUUGUUACCCCGGUAAGAGAGGGGGAGAAGGAAGCAGGUGGGGGGCAGAAAGAGAAUGAGAUUGAAGAUAAAAUGUUGGGAAUACAGCAGGGGAGGAAGGGUUGAGCAAGAUCUAGAUUGGGACAGAGCAGGAGUGGGGUGUGGAGGAAUUGAGAUGAUUUUUAUAGGUGGAUAAAACACGGUUUGAACUCGGAAUGCAUUAAGGAGCUGGCUGAAAUCUCUGGAGACAUCGAUUCCAAGGAAAGGGGGUAGAUUUAGUCUUGAGGGUGGGAAUAAAAAGGGGGGGGAAGAUAUUGAAAAUUAAUUAUGAAUAUUUUUGGGUAAAAGGGUAGAGAAUAUUGGGUAAUAAAGGUAAAGAGAAGUAUGAAGGGUAAAUGGUUAAAAAGAAGUUGUAAAUUGGAAGAAAGAAUGUAAUUUUAGAUUUGGAAACUGCAAUAAUUAGUGAUUAAUUAAGGAACUCAAGAAGGGGAAAUGAGGAAGUCUGAAAUGUUUAGAUUAGAAAUUGGAAAAUAUGAUUAUGUCUUAUGUAUUUUCAUUUUUAUUUUGGGUUUUCUCUCUCUAUUUUUCCUUCACUCUUCUAUAUAAAAUGAAUAAGAAUUAUUUAAGAAUAAGGUUAUGAAAUGGAAGAUAAGACGUAAUUUCAUGAUGUCUAGUUAAGAUUUGGAAAUGGUAAGAGUUAAUUAUUAAUAAGGACUGUAAGAAGGGGAAGUGAAGAAGUUUGAAGAAAUAAGAUGUGUUAACAUUGUCAUUUUUGUUUUUGGCAUUUUUGUAUUUCUUUUUUAAAUUUUUCUUUCUUUUUUCUUUUUCCCCUCUAUGUAAAAUCCAAUAAAAAUUAUUAAAAUAAAAUAAAAUAAAACACCUUGGUGGUUGUCACCUUUGGAAGCAAUGAGUGUGAAAAAGAUAAAUAUGAGCAAAAAUUGGGUUACAUAUGAAAAAUUAGUAAGAGAGGAAGGAAAUAAAUGGAAAAUUAAACCUUAUGAAGAAGUAAAAGAAUAUGUAAAUGAUUGGUUGCACUAUCGCCAAAUCAAUGAAAUGUUUAAAGAAGUUUCAAAGGAAAAUGGAUUUGGUCAUAAUAAAUCAAAAUUUGAAAUUGAAAUAUUAAAUAAUAAUUAUAAAAUAUUGUCAAAAAUGUACAAAUUGCUGUUGGAAUGGCAUUUGAAAGACGAAGAGGUAAAGUC